UUGACCUCCCUGGUGCUACAGUGCUCCUUCUUCCAGCUCAGGCAGAGCCCGAGCUCUCCAGCCCGUGCACAGUGCCGCCGCCUCCUCCCACCAAUCCGACCUCCCCGUUGCUCCUAUUUCCAAAUUAGUUGCGGGAAUGGAAUCCUCUCAAUCUCCUCUUCCUUUUCCCCAAGAAAUCCUCAAAAGUUUCUAUGGAAAUCCUUUCCAAUUUCGCGGUUCAAUCUUACCUUUUUCCGGCGAGAACCCUAGACUUUCCCGAGUUUUUCCCGUCGUUGUGGGCUCGAUCCCGGCCUCCCAUGGCUAUAUAUAGAGCCCCCUCCUUCCCCUCUUUCUGCCGCCACCUCUCCCUCUCUCCGCCGUCGCCGGAAACACUCUUCCCGCGACUCCCUCUCUCUCCACCUCCGGCCGCCGCUCCAGCCGCCGUGCGCCGUCGCCCCGGCCGUCGCCGGUCAGCGCCGCCACUUCCCUCGGCUCCGCAAAGUCGAGCUCUACCCCGGCUAUUGGUUCCUUUGUGCCAAAAACCGCCGGAAGCCGCUUGCCGACGCGAACCAGAAGGUUUCGGCCAUUGCCGAGCUUCCAGCCGCAGCUAGCAGCCGCCUUAGCUGCCGCUUUCGGUCGCCGUCGACUCUAUUGGGUUCUCAGGAGCAUGGUGAAGCCCGGCCACUGGUUUUUCUUCGCCGAAGAUCGCUGAAACGUCGCCGCCAUCGCUGACCCGACCCCGUCGCCGCCUCUACCUCGCUGCCGGCCGUCUGCCGUCAUCAUCCAUCGUCGCGCCGCCCCUCAAAAAUCGUCGCCGCAGUGGAUAGUACCUCGCCGCCCUUCGAAGCUCGUCGCCGGCCAUCUUCCGUCGCUGUCCGUCGUCGCGUAAGUGUUGUUGAAGACAAGUUGCGAAGGAGAAGACGUUUGGCUUAUACCCCAGUUGAGCUGCCUGUGGGAGUGGAGCUGAAGCCGUCGCUAGACCGUUAAUUCCGCUGCAGUUUUCUUUUCUUUUGUAAGUAUGUAACGUUGUAUUAUUGAUGAUUCUGUAUAUUAAAUUGUCAGUUUGUGUACCUCGGCUGAUUCCUGGAUGACGAUUUAAUGCACAAAUAAGUUCGGAAAUUACUAGUGAAUUUCUGGGCGUGACACCUACCCCAUCGGCCUCAAACGCGUCUCCCCCGCCUCAGCGACGGCAAAGGCUUGUGAUGCUUGGCGAAAAGUAAGUAGAUGAAUUUGAGGUCUUCCAAUUUACAAAACUUUGGUAGCCUGACUUUAUGAAAAUCACGGGGCGGCGCGGGCGAAGGCGGCGCAAGAUGGGUCUGGAGCAGCCUCUAGUGCGUCUCCUGCAGCAGCCUCGACAGAUGUUGUGGUCGUGCCCAGGGACUGGGAGGCGAUGCCCAGCGGCCCUGCCGGUGGCCUUGUGCCUGCUCGGGGCCCACCCGCUGACGUCCUCACCUGGGGGGAGCUCCAAGCUGAGAUGGAGCGCAUCCUCCAGGCCGGCGCUCGCAGCAUAGGACGCGAGAUCGAGGAGGCCAAGGCUGCGGCGGCGGCGUCGGCGAAUGAACGCGCCGACAAGCUAGCACAUGACCUGGUGGAGGUCCGCGAGGACUUCCAGAAAAUGAGGGAGCUGGUGGCCGAAAACGAGAGGCAGCGGCAGGGGCUUGAGCACCGCAUGUCGGAGCUCGAGAACAACUUGUUGGAGAUCCGUGGCUCGCUGCGAGUCACCUACACUGGCAUGCACCAGCUCGCCGGGGAGUGCGGCGUCACGACCACCAUCCCGGCGAACCCCGAUGAGUUCUCACUGACGUCUUCACUCGCGGAACUAGCCACGGCGAUGGAGGAGAUCCCCUCCAAGCAUGCGGCCAGGAUCGGGGACGAGACGUCCAACGGGAUCUACACCUGGGCAUGCCACGUCCUCGCGUGCGUAAGGUUGGCGCACCCUGAUCUCGACCUCCUGAGGAUCUUGGAUCAGGGGGCUGCUAAUGACGCGUGUAAGGGCAUGAUGGAAGAAGUCAGUGACUUGGGGGAGUCUGUUCUCCCCCUUUUUGAAGGGUAGGAUUUCAGUCCCCUUGUACUCCUUAAUCAAUUGUGCUUGUAAAACUUUCGUAGGUUCAAACUGUCUUUGUGUGUGCAGUCAUCACCUUCGCUUUCUUUAGCAUAUUGAUCCCGAGUACUUUGUUGUCGUUGUAGAGAUGUCGAUGUCGAUGUCGAGGAUGUCCAGCAGCGCGGGCAGCCUGAGUCGCCGGUAGUCGUUCCGGCACUUGCGCUCAAGCCGUAUGUGCCGCGGGACGACGUUGAUCAAAACUUGUCCGUGGAGGCGGGCAUGGCGACGACUUCCUUAGGUUGGUACUUUGGUCCUCAUCUCCUUUGCUCUUUUUGUUCGGAUCGACUUAAUUUGCCGUGUUCUCGGAAGAGGGGAACGACUUGACUUAGUCAUUUCCAUAUUGAGCAGACCUCGAGAGUGCAUUGGCCGACCGAGAUCAUCGAAUCCAAUAUUGGAGGACGAAAUUCGAGGUGGCCGAACUCGAGAGGACUAUGGUGCAAGUCAAAAAGGACCAAGCCGUGGAAGCACUACGAGGUCGCGAGGUGUGGUUCGACUCGUACCUUAGGAGCUGUUAUACGGCCAUGGCCGGAGUCUGUAGGGAUCUCCGAGUACCUCGCGGGAAUCCCGAGUCGGCGGCCGAAUACAUCUCGUGGUUGAAUGGGGCCUGCUCUCAGCUUGAAGGCAUCGGCAAGUGUAUCGACGAGGCCCUGAAGCAGGAGUGUCGUCGAUCGAGCCGAUAUGCUGGAGGGCACGUGCUAGCCUGUAUCCGAGAUCACUGCCCGCAGCUACACCUCGAGUUCCUCCACGAAGGGUUUUCACAUUCUCGGAGGACUCCCGCAGAGAGAGAUGAUCUGGCGAAGUCGAUGGCGCCGCUUGCAGAGAAAGUCUUCCAGUCCCUGGACUGGCGUUGGCCUUCCUGGUAGUCUUUAUAUCCUGUGACAAAUAUCUCAAGGAGACAUGUAAUAUAUUUUGGAAUAUUUACGAAUUGUAAGAAGUACUUGUGAAAUAGAAAAGAAAUCUAUCUAACUAAGUUUUCUUACUCUGGAUGCGUUGUGUAUGAGUGUUUUCUCACUUCGCGACUUCGAUUAGUCACUUGAGUCAUACACUCUCCCUAGCCCCCAGCCUUG